UUAAACAAUACCAAAACGGAUCAAAUGUAAUAUUAGUUCAAUCCUUGAUUCUUUAACCGUCUCUCAAUAUCGCACCACAGUUCUCUUGAAUUUGGUUCGGGUACAAAACAGAGUGAACCGUUGCACAAGCUUGCCAAAUUUAUCUUCUAAUACUAUAUCAGAAUUUAGACUCAUGACAAGCACAACACAAUUUAAUACCAUAAAAGCAAGAUCCCAAACUUUCCAUAACAAUUAGCUCUCUCAAGUCUCAACUGCCGCAAAUCACAGACCAAAGUCCAAAGAACUAGAGAUGAUUAAUGACCAAAAUCCCCCUUAACAAAUCUUGCUUCCUGGUUUGUCUCUUCUAUCUCUUCUAUCUCUCCUCCACCCCCAUUUCCUUUUCAGCCGCUGACACCUUCCCUACCUUGCUCUUCCCUCCAUCACUCUGUCUGUUUCUUAGGCAGGCGAGACUCUCUACUCUCUCCACUACUGAAUCUUGUGUUUAUGGCGGAGGCUGUGGAGGAGAAUUUCUUGGUGGGGAAGGAGACGGACAGCCACGUGGAAAAAGCUCAAAAGAGAAGUAACGGGAAAAAAGAUAUGCAAUUUUUUUCUUAGAAACAGAGGAUCCAAAGAAACAAAACCCCACUCUCUCUGACUAUCUUGGCCUUGCUGCCGUAGGAGUAGAGAGAAGCCUGCGGAAGUUCCAAAGACAAGUGUGGCGAGAAGUUGCCAAAUUCCACUUCCAAGUGUUGCUCCGCCCACGCCGCCGCUCAACACCUCGCCCCGUUCUUUCCCUUUUCUCUGCUCCAUCGCCUUUUGCUGACUUAACACGAACAGACUUCUGGCACAUUCUUUUUCCUUCAAUUUCCCGGGGUCCAAAUUGUUUGUUUCUUUGUUCUUCAUCACGUGCUUUUCUUAUUGUUCAACAGCUAUAUGUACACCUCACUCUUCGAGCCCAUUUCACUCUCCCCUGUUUCUGCUCUGUUUUCAGCUCAGCUCUGUUCCUGUGUCUUCCGUCCAACAAUGGCGGUCUUGUUCUUGAUUCUGUAAUUUUAUUCGAUUUGGGUUGAACCUUUAUUUGAUUUGGGUUUCGCUGUUGGCUGCUCGAUUCUCAAUGGGUUCGAUCCUCCGGUUUCGGAAGCUGUCCUACUUGGCGCCGGUGAAAUUGCAUACCGAGAAGAAGGUUGAGCAGGAGAAAAAGGCUGUCGAUUUUCCCAAUCCUUGCUUUUCACCGGAACCCACGAAGAGGGCUCCGUCGCCGCCGGUGAGAAGGUCCGGCGGGAAGGAAUGGAGGUGCAUGGACAAUUGCUGUUGGAUGAUUGGGUUUCUCUGUACGACCUGGUGGCUCUGUUUAUUCCUCUUCAACUGUUUGCCGGCGACUCUGCCCGGGUUCCAAGUACCCGAAUCCCCCGGCGUCCGGCUCAAGCGCGAAGGGCUGACCGCACUUCAUCCCGUCGUCAUGGUCCCCGGAAUAGUCACCGGCGGUCUCGAGCUUUGGGAAGGAAAGCCUUGUGCUGAGGAUCUCUUCCGGAAGCGCCUCUGGGGCGGUGGCUUCACUGAAAUCUUCAGAAGACCAUUGUGUUGGUUGGAGCAUCUGUCUCUGGAUAAUGAAACCGGGCUCGACCCGCCGGGGAUCCGAGUCCGAGCUGUCCCGGGUCUGGUCGCCGCCGAUUACUUUGGGCCGGGAUAUUUUGUCUGGGCCGUUCUCAUUGAGAAUUUGGCCAAAAUUGGGUACGAAGGGAAGAACUUGUACAUGGCAGCUUACGAUUGGCGGCUCUCCUUCCAGAAUACAGAGAUUAGGGACCAGGCACUGAGUAGAUUGAAGAGCAAAAUAGAGCUAAUGUAUGUGACAAACGGUUAUAAGAAAGUAGUGGUGGUUCCACAUUCCAUGGGAGUUGUCUAUUUCCUUCACUUCCUCAAAUGGGUCGAAACCCCGCCUCCGGUUGGAGGAGGGGGCGGCUCGGGCUGGUGCUCGAAGCACAUCAAGGCUGUGAUGAACAUCGGCCCCACGUUCCUCGGGGUUCCGAAGACAGUCAGCAACUUGUUCUCCGGGGAGGCUAAAGAUGUCGCAUUCCUGAGGGCUAUGGAUCCUGGUGUACUGGACUCCGAGAUGCUCGGAUUGCAAACAGUGGAGCAUCUCUUGAGGGCAGGUCGAACUUGGGAUUCGAUUGUUUCCUUGCUUCCCAAGGGAGGAGAAACUAUCUGGGGCAACCUAGAUUGGUCUCCUGAGGAAAACCAUGCUUGUGAUUUGUCUAAGAGGAAGCCACUUGGUGAACGAAACUCGACCGAUGGUAAUGCAAAGAGAUCAGGACUUAAAGAGCCUGUUAAGUAUGGAAGGAUGAUCUCAUUUGGCAAAGCAGCAGCGGAGCUACCAUCUUCGCUCUUUCCAUCUCUCGAUCCAAAGGAUAUACUAGUUGCACAGACGACCACGAAGAAGAAUUCCACUUCCUCGUGCAGUGAGGUCCGGACAGAAUACGACGAGAUGAACAGAGAAAUCAUUAGAAAGAUUGCAGAGAACAAAGCAUACACAGCUAGGACGGUUCUCGAUUUACUAAGGGCGGUUGCUCCCAAGAUGAUGAAACGAGCAGAAGCUCAUUUCUCCCAUGGCAUAGCCGACAAUCUCGAUGAUCCGAAGUACACACAGCAUUACAAGUACUGGUCCAACCCACUGGAGACAAAGUUGCCUGAUGCUCCAGACAUGGAGAUCUACUGCUUAUACGGAGUAGGAAUUCCGACGGAGCGAUCGUAUGUGUACAAACAGUCGCCCAGCAGCAGGUGCAAGAGCAUCCCAUUUCGAAUCGACAGCUCGGUGAAUGGAGACCGCGGAGAGAGUUGCCUGAGAGGCGGGGUGAACUUCGUGGACGGGGACGAGAGCGUGCCCGUGUUGAGUGCGGGGUUCAUGUGUGCCAAGGGUUGGAGAGGGAGGACGAGGUUCAACCCGUCGGGGGCCUCGACCUACGUGAGGGAGUACCGGCACAAGCCACCGGCUAGCCUGCUCGAAGGGCGGGGAGCCGAGAGUGGGGCUCAUGUUGACAUCAUGGGGAAUGUUGGGCUGAUAGAGGAUGUGAUGAGGGUUGCUGCUGGCGCCACCGGUUUGGAGAUCGGUGGCGACAGGAUUCAUUCCGAUAUCGUUCGAAUGUCGGACCGGAUUAACAUUCGACUGUGACCGAUCGAACGAAUGGUGGUCAUCGGAGGAGGAGUAAUGUGCAAGGUAUUUUGAGGUGUAAAAAAGAAAAACUAACAAGGGAACAAGUGGAUAUCCUGCAAAGCUAAGCUAGAGAAGUUGUGACUUUUGAGUUGUUAGAAAUGUGGAGGAAGGAGAGAGAGAGUGUGCCAUUUUUGGGUUCUGUUAAUUGCAGCAAGUUCUCUGGAUAAACACAUCUGUAAUCAAAUAAAACGGCCUCUCUCUGUUCCUUCUUGUAAUCAUCAACUAUUUAGGCUUUUUUUGUUGUUGGGAGUUGCCGAGACUCGAAAACACGAGCUACUGAGCCCAAAGUUAUCAUUACGUACCCAAGUUGGACUGGGCUGGCAUUAACGUGUGUGGAAGAAGUUUAAAGGCCCAACAUGAUGUCUCCGACGAAAAAGCAUAACUCGGCCCACUAACAAUUGAAUCCAUCUACAAAGGCUCAAGUACGCAACGAAAACAGUAGGGGGGAAAAUGGGGCCAGAGCCUUUGAGAACUGAGAUUGAGUAAUCAAAAUAAUUCAAAAUGGAAAGAACAACAUAAAUAAUCUCAAAUCACUGUUAGAAAUCCUUCUUAACAAAUCAUUAGGUAUAUAUACAUAUGUAGAUAAACGGUGGGGUUCCAUUAGGAUUAGGUUAAAUAUAUUAAUUACGAUAGGUAAUUAAUUAAGGGUAAUUUAGGCAUUCUCAAAAAGCUAGGUAUCAGGUGUGACAUUCACUCCUUAAAAAAAUUCGUCCUCGAAAUUGAGGUCGCAAGAACAUGAAGAUGUCCAAGUCUCAAUUCUUAUUACUACUGACAUUAUAAUGCUACUACCCGACCAUAUCUAAACUAAAAAUCGAUUCAAAUAGUCAAGAACAAGUUUGGAUAGUUCUCUCUCAUCACCUCUUCAAUCACCCACAUAAUUACUUUAGUGCGUGGGUUCCUCCCUUCCAUUUUCAUAAUAGACACCCUCUCUCUUUUCCAUGAUAAAGACUCUAGGUUGCCCACCGGCUCUUGACAUUUGACUCUGAUCACGAUCGACAUGACGAGUGUUGCUGCUAUUGAAACGCCCACCAUUAUUGUUGCUGAAUUCACUAGUCCUGCCACUGAAUCUACUUCUCGAAUGUGCUUUACCCCCAACAAUUGAGGGCUCAGAGAUAACCCUUAUACGAUAAGCCUGUCUUGGGCAGUUCCACUUUAUAUGUCCCGGUUAGCCACACUCGAAACAAACGCCCAUAUUACGUCUGCACUCGCCUAGAUGACGUUUGUCACAUUCCAGGCAUAGUGGAUAUAGUAGUUGUGUCGGUGCAUUUCUUGUGGAGACCGUCUGGCUCCAGGAUUGAUUCUAGCUAAAUGAACCAGAUCCCUUCUUGAAAGGUUGGGUCGAGAAAGUUUGGCUCAUGCCCCCAGAGUUGUCUGGCUCCUUCCUCUUCUUCGUAUCCAUCCUCGCAUCCCUCUCCUGUUCGGCCAUCUCCUCAUCCCUCUCAAUGCGAAGGACAGCUCGAUAUAGUGUGGCUUAAGAUGCCCUCUCUGCUUCUCCCAUGCAUUUCCUCAAUUUUGCCCUCAAACUCCGGAGAUAACGAUCUCGCAUCCCUAGAAGGAUGUUUCAUUUUUUAUUUGCAGUUUUAUAUUACAUAGCAUUUUUUUUCUAGCCGUUUGGAAUUGAAUAUUCUGCAUUAAUUUUAAGGACCAAAGUUGCCCAUAAUUCCUCUUGCUCUAAAAUAUUCAUCAUGUCCUGAACCUUUUAUGAACAGCUGGAUCGGCCCAACGAGUCUGCAGAAUUAUAUGCCGAGUGAACGUUCACAUGUAGAAUUAUUGUACAGUAAUACUCUAAUCCUCUCACGAAAAUUCCAAAAAAUAAAAUCUUUCACAGCCUAAAGUUAAGAGAAUCCGACUUUAAAUUUUCAAGACGUUCACACGCUAGAAUUAAGAAUUGUACGGCAA